AUGAGCGAGGUGCCAUGGUACUUGCAGCCGACAUACACUGGCGAAGCGACGUCGAUGGCAGGGCUGCCGUUCGGCAUGUCGACAACGAGAGGACCUCCGUCAGAGAAGAAGGAGGAGUACGUGUCCAACGAUUACUUCUGCGAUGCCUGUGAGAAAGAUUUCAAACUGUACGCGCACUACGAAGCGCACCUUGCAACGCACGUCCCUUGCUCCUUCCCUGGCUGCGUUUUCUUUGCUUCCCAGCGAAUCGUCAAGGAGCAUUACGCCAACACUCAUGUAGGAGCCGGAAGUUUGAAUGACAAGAAGAGGAUGGCAAAUUUUGACAGCCCUGAAGAAAUCGAGAAGUGGCGCGAGGCAAGACGUCGGAACUGGCCAUCAGCAACCAACAUCUCCCGGAAACAGGAGGAGGAGCAUGUGCGGAAAGCGCGAGGAGACUGCACGUCCUCGUCGCUGGACAAACGUAGGAAGGGACCGAACUGGGAGAUCCGAGUGCCCAGAGACAGCACGUCCUCUAGGAAGACAGAAACGAAGCGCUCGGCCAACGUGUCGAUGCUGCCCGGGGCGAAGGAGCAGAAAUCGGAGGAAGGAGCCUGCGAGAGCCUGACUUCCCUCUUUUCCUAUGGCUCGGACGAGUCAGAAGAAGCUCCGCCCGAGCAGGAAGCCAUUGUUCGGGGAGAGGAGAAGUCGUCCUCCAAGGCCCAGGAGAGGGAGAGUGGAAGGGUGUGCAAGUAUUUUGCAAGGGGGUAUUGCUCCAAGGGAAAAGACUGUAGGUUUCAGCACGUGAAGCAGGAGCAGAAGCCGAACAGGAAGAAGGAGAGCGACAAGGAAGGGGAGUAUGUGCCGCACUCGUGCAUCAAGAGGAAGGGCCCGUCCCUCCUCGACAGGCUCCUGCAGAAGGACAACGAGAGGGAUCAGCGGGUCGUCUUGCAGUGUAUCCGACAUCUCAUACAGAGGGGACUGUUGGCCGCGUGA